AUGAAAUCCUCAUUGUCUGAGUGGGAUCGUCCCAAUCUCGCUGGCGUCGGCGUUAGUCGUUUUCACCAGACUUUCCCGCAGCAUCGUCAGUUCGGCCCCCUUUUUCAAGGCCCGAACAGUGUGUUGUGCAUGCAGCGAACUCCGCAACCUGAAUUCGUCGUUGCGACUGGCGUCGAGAAUCAGCUAGCUGCCACACAGUCCCGAUUAAGCUGCGGUCGUUUCCCCCAUUUCGCGCAAGCGUCUCGUCAAGCGCGUGUCUUUACACCCACAUCCAUUUUACCUGCUCACUCUCUUACACAGGCGUCACAUCAUGGACCGGUUUUUAAAUCGAUGCAUGCCGACAUGCCGAGCAAAUCUUGUCAAACAACAGGUCAUUUCCGCGUCAAGAAACAGCCGCCAUUGCCGCCAUUGCCGCACUCUGAUCCGACACCUGAUCAUGUUUCUCCAAUAUCGCAAGCGUAUCCCGUGACACCGCUCCAUUCAAAAAAGAGCAGCUUCCUAAGACAAGAUGUAACAAUCAAUGACGUAACCACGACUUCGCAGUACAGUCCGGCAUCACAGGUGAGUCUUUCCUCGAAUGGAACGAACUCAGAGAACACAUCUAUGCCAAUGACACCUGGGUAUCCGGGCUCUUUCGAUGACAAAAGGAAAUCAACGUUUUCGACCACAUCACAAGAUUCGCUGAUCAGAACUUCGAAGGUGUCCAAAAGCAGAGAUCUCGAACUAAAACGCAUUUACAGGCAGUCAGGACUGGAUGCACUUGACAUGGCCUUUUGGACUGGCGAUGGAUUUUACAGCGAUGACGAUGACGAUGUCAAUAGUGGCGAAUACACUGACCGGUUAGCUACUAUCUCGCGCCCAACUAUACAUCUGCCUAACUUGUCGGACCAGAAUAUGGACGAUGGGCGCAACAUGAAAAAUGUGUUCGCCCCUAUGCUGGACAAGCCGCUUCCUCCAUCGACAACAGAAGCCAGUUACAAACACGAUGAACAUAUCGAAGAAGCUUUUAUUGAUGAAUAUCUGCACUUAUUCGAUUCAGAGCCGGAAGAAAGCUGUGACGUGGCUAGUCUUGCUGUCACUAGUGAACGAUCACAUUAUGAAGAUGACGAAAUGCUUCGAGCGUCCAAGCGCAAAUCGCAUUUGCUAUCCAUCUAUUCGCGGAAAAGUGGCUCCUACGAAAAACGUCGGCUUUCGCCGCUGCACCAAGCACCCAACGAAGACCGGUUAUGCUCCCGUUGUGACCAAGCAGUGCUUGGUCCUGCGAUGCGCAGCUCAAAUGGCGCUUUCUCUGGACUAUACCAUCCCGACUGUAUUCGCUGCGCGUCCUGUCAUCAAAAGCUCCCAGACUCAGAUAUCUUCGUCUACAAAGACGAAGUGUAUUGUCGCCAACACUAUCAUCUGCAAAGUGGUUCGAUAUGUAAGGGAUGUGGCCGAGGUAUCACUGGCGUGUAUCGCAAAACAAGUGGAAAUGCUGUUUUUCACCCCUCAUGUUUGGUCUGUGCAUUUUCAAGUCAUUUGGGUCGUUGUGGAGUAUUGCUGGACGAUUACUAUCUCAUCGACCAUCGCAUGUAUUGUGAAGGUCAUGCGCGCAGCAUUAUAAAGGACCAUGGUGUGCGUCGACUUUUUUGA